UAUACUGUUGCACUCUUUUACAUUUCAGGAUAUUGCAGCAUGAAGAAGGAGCAAGUGGCCAACUGUCAGUUUUCGGUUUGGUAUCCAAUAUUCAAGAAACAUACGAUUAAAAGUGUGAUUCUCCCGCUGCCUCAAAAUGUAAUAGAGUAUUUACUGGACGAUGGCACACUGGUAGUCUCUGGAAGUGGCCAUGACAAUGUGCACAAUAACAACUGCAACUCAGACGAAGAAGAGGACAUUCAGUGGUCAGACGAUGAGACAACCACCACUGCCACUGCACCUGAGUUCCCAGAAUUCACUUCCAAAGUGCUGGAGGCCAUAAACGCUCUGGGCGGGCGCGUCUUCCCCAAACUCAACUGGAGCGCUCCACGGGAUGCUAACUGGAUUGCUCUGAACAGUUCCCUGCAGUGUGACAGCCUCCGUGAUAUAUUCCUGCUCUUCAAAAGUUCUGACUUCAUCACUCACGACCUCACGCAGCCAUUCCUUCAAUGUAGUGACCAGGACUCCCCAGAUCCAGUCAUUAACUAUGAGCUGGUCCUGAGAAAGUGGAGCGAGCUGAUUCCUGGCGGAGAGUUUCGCUGCUUCGUCAGAGAAAACAAACUGAUCGCUAUCUCCCAGAGGGACUACACACAGUAUUACCAUCACGUGUUGAAGCAGGAGGAGCAGGUCAGUCACGCCAUCCAGGAGUUCUUUAGCCAGCACGUCCAGUACAACUUCCCUGACGAAGACUUUGUGUUUGACGUCUACAGAGAUAGUGAGGGCAGGGUGUGGCUGAUAGACCUGAACCCCUUCGGAGCGCUCACAGACUCUCUGCUCUUCAGCUGGGAGGAGCUGAGGUCAGGAGGGGAGAUCUCCCAGCAACAGGAGGGCCCGGCGUUCCGCUGCACCACCAGCGAGGUGACGGUGCAGCCCAGCCCCUGUCUGAGCUACAGAAUCCCUCGGGACUUUGUGGACCUCUCCACAGGAGAAGAUGCCUACAAACUCAUGGACUUCCUCAAACUGAAGAAAAGCCAACAGGAAGCUUCUGAGGAGGAAGAGGGAAAUGCUCCACAGUGAAUCUGAAGCCCUCCACACGAUGUCGUCUGCAUGACUCUCCACCCUCUGUCCUGUUAGAGCUUAUUUUUCCUUUCAGCCUGUGAGCGGUACGCGCUGUACUCCAGGUCUUUGAACAUCUGUCUGGUGUUAGUCUAAUGGAACAUGCUACAUUAGCGCAGCAUGCUAACGGCUCUCUGAGGACUCAUGUUCUGCUCGGACACUGCUGAGCCGUCCAGCACUUUAUUAAGGGGGGGUGUUACGGUGUUACUGCUGCGGGAUGUAUUCUCUCACACUGUGUAGAACGGCUGAUUUUAUACUUUGAAAUAAGUGUGUAUAAUAGUUUGAGUAUCUUUCUUGCUGCAUAUUGUCUGGAUUUAGAAGGAACUCACACAUUUAAUUGAACUAGUGUGUUGUGAGUCUGUGACAGAUCCAACACUAACGCUGUUUGUUACCUUACAUUUCCCCCCCCCCCCCCCUCCUCCUCCAUCUCUCCCUGCCUAUCCCCUCUGAACACUUUUGACACACUCAUUGCUCCGAAGUCGCUCCAGGCACUCUUUCCCAGUCCUGUUUUCCCAUCAUGCAUCGCUGUAGACUGUUUCUUCGAAAGAACACCAUUAAACUUGUUGUCGUGUA